AAUUUGGAGGGGGUUAUUACACAUUAUUUGCUCUUCUAGAUUUUUAUCAGUUCUUUUGAACUUGAAACCGUUACUGGCAAUGUUAUUGUACUAAUAAAGGGUAACUUUUAUUUGGUUAAUAGGAUGUGGCUAAGAAAGACUUUGUGCAGCUGACUUAUACUGAUGCAAUCGAACUUCUUCUAAAAGCAAAUAAGAAAUUCGAAUUCCUGGUGAAAUGGGGAUGUGAUUUGCAGAGUGAGUAUGAACGAUACGUAACCGAACAAGCAUUUAAUGGAUGCCCUGUUAUAAUCAGGGACUAUCCCAAGGCAUGCAAUUUGCCUCAAUCACUCUUCUCCACGUCGGGAUUUUAUCGGCUUUCUCAGUUUCAUGCCUAAAAGUUCUUGAAUGUAAAACUCACAAGAGAUAAAGGCAUUCUAUAUGCGCAAAAACGACGAUGGAAAGACUGUAGCAGCAAUGGAUAUGUUGGUACCUCGGGUUGGUGAGCUCAUUGGUGGAAGCCAAAGGGAAGAACGGCUUGAUCAUCUGGAAAAUCGUUUAGAUGAGCUGAAGCUUAAUAAGGAGAGCUACUGGUGGUACCUCGAUCUGCGUAGUUACGGUUCAGUUCCUCAUGCGGGUUUCGGACUCGGGUUCGAGAGACUGGUGCAGUUUGCCACCGGAGUUGAGAAUAUAAGAGAUGAAUACCUUUCCCAAGAACACCUGGUUCUGCUGAAUUUUACUUUGCUACAAUCAAAUAUGUUUCCAUAUAUCCUUUAUUUUGGUGGUCUGAAGUCCACAUGUCAGUUGUUAUAG